GAUGGCGGCGGCGUCGUCGAACAACCCGCGGAAAUUCAGCGAGAAGAUCGCGCUGCACAACCAGAAGCAGGCCGAGGAGACGGCGGCCUUCGAGGAGGUCAUGAAAGACCUCAGCCUGACGCGUGCCCACCGGUUACAGCUACAGAAAACCCAGUAUUUGCAGUUGGGGCAGAGCCGUGGCCAGUACUAUGGAGGAUCCUUGCCAAAUGUCAAUCAGAUUGGCAGCAGUGCGAUGGACAUGUCCUUCCAGACUCCCUUUCAGCCAUCUGGGUUGGACACCAGUAGGACAACUCGACACCAUGGAUUGGUAGACAGGGUAUAUCGUGACAGGAAUCGCCUCGGCUCACCACAUCGGCGCCCUCUCUCUGUGGAUAAGCAUGGAAGACAGGUGGAUAGCUGUCCAUAUGGUACUGUCUAUCUGUCUCCUCCUUCAGAUACAAGCUGGAGAAGGACCAAUUCUGAUUCUGCCCUGCACCAGAGCACAAUGACCCCCACUCAGACAGAGCCUUUCUCAGCUGGGUCACAGGAUAUGCAGCAAAAAAGAGUCUUAUUACUGACGGUUCCAGGCAUGGAGGAAGAUGCAUCAGAGACCGAGAAGAAUCUUUCAAAACAAGGAUGGGAUACUAAGAAGACAGGAUCCUCAAGGCCUAAAUCUUGUGAAGUUCCAGGAAUCAACAUAUUUCCAUCGGCUGACCAAGAGAACACUACUGCGCUUAUCCCUGCGGCUCACAACACAGGGGGAUCACUGCCGGACCUGACAAAUAUCCACUUCCCUUCUCCUCUCCCAACCCCGCUAGACCCAGAAGAGUCCACUUUUCCGUCCUUGAGCAGUUCCAACAGCACCGGGAACCUCACUGCCAAUCUGACGCACAUGGGGAUCAGCACAGCCAAUCAGGGAAUGACAACCACGUCAGCCUCUUCCCAGCAGCACCGGCAACCAACUGUCAGUCCCCUCUCACUGAACACCGACUCAAGGAGAAGUCAAUCCCAGCAAGUGUCUCCCACGCUUUCGCCUCUUUCGCCGAUUACUCAGGCUGUGGCGUUGGACGCGCUCUCCAUGGAACAACAGCUCCCUCCCUACCCGUUCUUCACCCAGACAAGCGCGCAGCAGCAGCAGCAGCAGCAGCAGUCACAGACCCAAGUGGUCAGUGCUUUACCACCCAAUGCUUCUCUGAUGCAGACCUCCGGCUUGCAGCGAGGCGUUCAGCUCCCCCCACUCUCUGUCUCUAUCCCUUCCACAAUCCCACAGUCUCCUCCGGGCAGCCAAACCCAGACUUCCAUGGGGAUAGACAUCAAUUCGGGCUCACUCCAGCAGUACCGCAGCAAUGCUGGCUCCCCGGCCAACCAGUCUCCCACUUCUCCUGUCUCCAAUCAAGCUUUCUCUCCUGGCAGCUCCCCUCAACAAUCAUCUAUCCUAGCGAGUGUCUUUGGUGACUCUUGUUACGACCAGCAGAUGACUGCCAGGCAAGCAAAUGCUUUAUCCCAUCAGCUCGAGCAGUUCAACAUGAUUGAAAACGCCAUCAGCUCCAAUAGUUUGUACAGCCCCUGCUCUACCCUCAACUACUCCCAGGCAGCCAUGAUGGGGCUGACCGGGAGCCACGGAAGUCUCCAGGACCCACAGCAGCUCAGUUACACCAGCCACGGGAACAUCCCUAACAUCAUUCUUACAGUGACCGGGGAGUCGCCUCCCAGUCUGUCGAAAGACCUCACCAGCUCUUUGGCCGGGGUGGGGGAUGUCGGCUUUGACUCAGAUUCCCAGUUCCCUCUGGACGAACUAAAAAUCGACCCCUUGACCUUGGAUGGGCUUCACAUGCUCAACGACCCCGACAUGGUCCUUGCGGAUCCCGCCACAGAGGACACUUUCCGGAUGGACCGGCUGUAG